GGCGCCAUGUUCCGCUGCAGUGCGCGCUGCUGCGAGGACGCAGCGGCCUCCAUGCAGGAGGUGCAGCGCUGCAUUGAGCGCUGCCACGCGCCCCUGGCCCGCGCCCAGGCCAUCGUCACCGCCGAGCUGGAGCAGUUCCAGGACCGGCUGAGCCGCUGCUCGCUGCAGUGCUCGGACCAGGCCAAGGAUGCGCUGGACGCGGGGGGCUCGGAGCCACGCGUGCGGGGCCAGCUGGAUGCCUGCCUGGCCACCUGCGGGGAGCAGCACCUGCGCCUCGUGCCCGCCAUGGCCAGGAAGAUGCGGGACGGGCUGGCCAGCAUCCAGCAGUGACCGCGGGGGCACCCCGGGGACACCCCGAGGACACCCCGGGACACCCCGCGCUCAUUAAAGGCCAGGUGGCAGCUCCACCGA